UGUCAUUUAUAAACGUUAUCAUGUUUAUUUUCCUCUUUGCGUGCAUCGAAAGCAGAAGAACGUUGAAUAAUUCCUAUUAAUUCUGGCUUUGUGAAUCAACAGCCGCACUUUUCAUUGGUAAUUAAUUGUUUGUUUUGUUUCAAAGAGCAUAUUAACUGCGAAUUAUGUCCUAUUAUACGCGCAAGGAGAUCGAUGAUUUGCACAAUGAUAUAGCGACGCUGGCUGCGAAGGUCGUCAGUUCCGAAGAAGAAAAGUCUUUAAUAAUCAACACAAUUGAACUAUGUCUGCAUCAGGGUUUCGAACGUCAAUACUUAUGCGAACAACUAGAAAAAUUUGUAGAUAGAAAACAAUGCUUGAAAAUGGUCGACAAGCUACAGGAGCACUUGGAAGAGUAUAAGCGCAAAUGUCGUAAACGUCCGGAUGGAGACAGCACAGCAACCUCUGGUGUCGCAGAACCUGCCAAAAAAUCACGGUUUGACGUUGUCCAUCCUCAUUCGAAUGGUGAGAAGCCGGCACUACCACCUAUUGUAGUACCUCCCGCAGUAAUUUCAAAUUCUUCCAUGUCGCUUGGCAAUUCUUCUAACGCUGCUACGUCUUCCUUAAGUAGUACUCAAAUUAAAUUAAUGAUGGUGAAUGCACAACGCGAGAUUGAGGAGCGGAAACGUGCUCUAAAUCAGUUAAAAGCCAAAGAUCCCAUACUUGCUUCAGUGCCGCAAAUUGGUUUACCGGUCGCUUUAGCCACGCAAGCCCUUUCGAAGAAGCCGACUCCAGAAGACGCUGAUAAGGCCAAAAAAAUUGCUGAGUUACAAGCUCAAAUACGUGCAAAGCUUUCAGGGUCCUUAGCUACUCUAAUUCAGCCAACAGCUCCAGUACAAGACAGGCCGAAACCAUUGAUUUUAGAUGAAGAUGGCCGUACUAUCGAUAAAACUGGGCGAGCUAUUAAUAUACCAACCUUAACACCCACACUUAAAGCAAAUAUAAGAGCGAAAAAACGCGAGGUUUUUAAUAAAUCUCAAACCCAUGCUGAACGCAAUGCAGCUCAAGAAGAGGCUUUAAAAUUUUUUGAUGAUCGCAUAGCCCAAAAGUCUGCAGUGCGCACAAAGCGUGCGCUACGUUUUCAUGAGCCGGGUAAAUUCCAGCAAAUGGCUGAACGUAUGCGUAUGAAGUCACAACUGGAACGGUUGCAAAAUGAAAUAUCACAAAUUGCCCGAAAAACAGGUAUCAGCUCCGCUACGAAACUUGCCUUGAUUGCUCCUAAGCAAGAUACUCCUGACGAUGUUCCGAUGAUGGAAUGGUGGGAUUCUGUUAUUUUAACCAGCGAUCUUAACACAUUGGAGGACGACGGAAAAAUUAGUAUACGCAAAGCGGCCAUUACAAAUCUUAUUGAACACCCUACGCAAAUGAAACCCCCAAAUGAACCCUUAAAACCGGUUUAUUUGCCGGUGUUUCUAACGAAGAAAGAGCGCAAGAAGUUAAGAAGACAAAAUAGGAGAGAAGCUUGGAAGGAAGAUCAAGAAAAAAUAAGAUUAGGUCUUGUUGCAACACCUGAACCUAAGCUGCGUAUUUCAAAUUUGAUGCGAGUUUUGGGCACUGACGCUGUUCAAGAUCCCACGAAAAUUGAAGCUCAUGUACGCGAGCAGAUGGCCAAGCGCCAAAAAGCCCACGAGGACGCGAACAAUGCACGAAAAUUAACAGCUGAACAAAAAAGCGAAAAAAAAAUUCGUAAAAUCAAGGAAGAUACGUCAUGUGGUGUCCACGUCAGUGUUUACCGUAUUAAGGAUCUUCAAGACAAUGCUAGUAAAAAAUUUAAAGUGGAAACAAAUGCUAAGCAAUUGCAUAUGACCGGCACUGUUGUCCUAUUUAGAGAUUGCUGCGUUGUGGUAGUAGAAGGCGGCCCAAAGCAACAAAAAAAGUAUCGACGUCUCAUGCAGCAUCGCAUCAAAUGGGAAGAAGACAGUGUUAAGGGCCCUGAUGGCCAAGAAGUUCCUAACGCUUGUGUAUUGGUGUGGGAAGGCACUAGUCAACGGCGCCAUUUUGGAGAAAUUAAAUUUAAAAUUUUUCCCAUGGAAAAAAUGGCCCGGGAAUUCUUUCAAAAACAUCAAGUGGAACACUACUGGGACUUGGCCUAUUCUGGAGCUGUCCUAGAAGCUUCAACCGAUGAAUAAUUUCACUAAACUAAACUAUCAUUCGCAAAAAUUUGUAAAUUUAGAUCUAAAACUGCAACAAUAAAAGAAUUCGUUAUUUUUUUGGUAAAUUGUA